AAAAUUUAAGGUCCCGUGGCAACGGGAAAAUGCCACGUUAAAAAUAGUUGACAUAAAAUAACGGAAGUAAGCAUCUACGUUAUUUCGAAAAACAAAUGCGCAACUGAAGCACGACUUCCGGGGGGACAGCUGCGAUCGAAGGAAGAACAGCAUAAACACAGAGAUCGAGAUUGGAGUGCGCUUUCUCCUUUGUCUACGGGAAGAAAAAAUGUUUUAACGGUCAGACUGAAGUGCAAUUAUUAUAUUCGGAAAAUCCCCUAUAGUUUUAUCUGUAGUUUACUUAUUAUUAAGAACAUAGAGGCCUCGUUAUUUUGGCGCCGUAUUUCGACGCGACGUCAGUGACAGCUCGGAUUGGUUAUGUUGGUGUAGCAUAUCUUUUAUGUUUUUAUAAACUUUUGCUGUCUAUCAACGAAACUUGCGAUCUUUUAUCCGAUUCAGAGGUUUCUACAAAAAAAUCUGGCUAACUUCCACGUUAAAGUGCACCAAUAAUGAUCUUACUUAGUUCCUGUUGCAUUGUCAAAAUCAGCUGCUCUAUUGUUAGUUUAUUAUUUUAGUGUCCAAACACAGGACUAUGCUGUUGAUCGUUUUGUUGUGACAUAAAGAACAACAAUUACCAAUCCUAUUUUAUCAUCAGGAUAGUAAGAACUCUAUUUAUCUAAUUUCCCCAGAAGCUUUUAUUGAGGUUUGUGUCACCCUGUGUUAUAUUUGUAGUUUUGUAUAUCUGAUUCAAACGUGUACUACUUUCUUUUAUUAAUAUAUCUCGUGCAUUGCACAAUCUGUCAGCCUCCACUGUACACAGCGAAUUUGUGCCAAACUUCCACUCAAAUGUCCUUGUAAAAAUAUCUUUUUUCAUCUUAAUCAACAUUGCUAAAUCUAGCUGCUCGCAAUCACUUAUCUAUUAUUACCACUCAUUCAUAACAUAAGAUCAUUAUCAGACUACUCAGCUGACAACCAGAUAAUUACAAAAUAAAUAAUACAGUUUGAGGAUCUAUUUUUUCUUUAUCGUCUCCCUGUGAACACUUUUUUCAUUUGAUUAUCGAUCAUUUAAUUUAUUCUUCUAAAGAUAUUUGCAAUAAAGACAUAGAUUGAUUAGUGUCGACAUAAUUAUGUUUGGAUGUUCGAGACUAGUGUUUCUAGCGUUGAUACAAACUGUAGAAUUCUUUUCAUUGUAGAGCAUAGACAAAUAGAAUAUUUCAUUUACAAUAGAUGGAAAAGUCGGAAAAAUGAAGAAAAUAUAGUAUGUUGCAACACAGGUGGUUACUAGAGAAAUUUUACAGAUGGUUAAGCAAGCCAAUGAUAUUCUUCAGCCCAGCUUUCCUUGGGUAAAAAUGCUGUGACGUGAGCUGAAAAAGCGACGUGCGUCAAAGGCCAGUACAACAGUGUCCUCACAAAAUGUAGUAACUCUUGAAAGUUGUAGGUUCUUGUAUAAAUUUCGACAUGAAUAUAAUUUGAGAGUAAUUCGGAAUUUUUUUCCCAACUAGUAAACAUGUGGAGACCCAGAUUGUAAUUGUUGAAUUGAAAAGUUUGAGAAUUUUUGUACUGUAGGGGGGCUGGGUUUACAUUGGAAGUCUUGGAAAUUCUCCCUAGAAAAAGAUCGGAAGAGAAAGAAAAGGAGCCUUUGGUUGGUACAACAUCUUACUCAAACUGAAAACGUGGGAGGGUGGGAGGAUUUCCCAAAGAAGGGUGACAUAGACAUUACGAGCAAAACGGGAUAGUAGUAAAUGUGGUGCGUGAAGAAACGAUGGAUCCGUCAAUGUUUGUCACAUAUUCCCCACAAACAAAUGGAGUCCCACAGGAGUCCAAACUUGCAACCUACAUGAACCGCCAAAGCCCUGGAGUAGCACUUAAUACAGCGGCAGUAACAAAGCAUCUCUCCAGUCUUUCCUUGGAUGCACAAAAGAAGACAACUGCCAGCCCCGAAUUUGUGCCAGGAAGAGGUCUUGCUGGUAGCAACAGUAGUUCUCCAAAUCUAUUCAACAAUUCCUAUCAUUCCCAGGAGAAUGUUGGUGGCACAACUUACUUUUACCUCGGCACAUCAGCUACGGAAAAUGUGGCCACUGAAGAAGGAGCCGAAGCUAUAGGAACUUCGAGUGCAAGUCAAAUAGGCUACGUAUAUCCGGGGACGCCUGCUCAUUUACAGACUGUUAAAGCAGCAAAAUCUCCGGCGUCUAAUAGCCCUUCAGCUCCCUCCACACCUCCUCCGCAGGCUGUUCCCAGUUUUUUUGUUAGUGAAGGCCUCCGAAUGGACAUUCUUCAAAAGAACACAUUGACAUUAGCUCAGCCAGAUGUGGUACAGUUCCCUGAUUUGCCAAACGAAGUGGAUAAUUAUCACGAAUUAUGUCCGCUUGAACCCAUCCAUAAAUCUACUUCUACUGUACUCGGCUAUCAUACUUCCAUGUACAAGGCCACCAGCCUGAAGACUGGCACUCGGUAUUGCCUGCGCCGAGUUCAUGAUUUCAGACUCGCCAAUACGAAAUGUAUGGUCUUGGUGGAUAUGUGGAAGCGGUUGACGCACACAAAUUUAGUACAACUGCGAGAAGUCUUCACAACCAAGGCCUUUGGUGAUCAUUCCAUGGUAUUCGUUUACGAUUACCAUCCCGGUUCCGAGACACUGCUGAACAAACACUUCUCAGCUACCGAGCUCAACGGCUACUCAGAUCCGUUUUCGUCCGACCCAAACGCUCCCCGCCCUUACAGUCACACGAAGAAUACAAUUUUGCGACAACAGCACAGUAGUAUGCUUCCGGAGAGUGUUAUUUGGAGUUACAUUAUACAACUCACGGCUGCACUUCGCGUCAUCCACGCAGCUGGGAUUGCGUGUAGAUCUCUGGAUCCCACCAAAAUUAUCCUCUCGUCUGGAAGUCGUCUGCGCCUUAGUUGUGUAGCAAUUCCUGAUGUCGUAACGUUUGACGGGACAGCAGCGAAUCCAAUGGCGUUGAUGCCUCACUAUCAGCAAGAGGACUUACUGGCGUUAGGAAAGCUUGUGCUAGCUCUGGCCUGCCGAAGUCUACUUGCUGUUCAUCGUGACAACAUGCAGGCCUCCCUCGAAUUGGUUGCUCGCACCUACUCUUCUGAUCUCAGAAAUCUCAUACUGUACCUGCUAUCAUCCCAGCAGCGGAGAAGCGUUACAGAUUUAAUGCCGAUGAUUGGAGCUCGGUUUUACACCCAACUGGAUGCUGUUCAUCUUCGUUCAGAUAUCUUAGAAGAUGAACUUGCCAAAGAGUUAGAAAAUGGCAGAUUGUUCAGAUUACUGGCAAAGCUCGCCACCAUUAAUGAAAGGCCGGAGCUCAACAUGGAGCCCACCUGGGCUGAAACCGGUGAUCGUUAUAUGCUCAAAUUAUUCCGUGACUAUGUAUUUCACCAGGUCGCAGCUGACGGAAGACCCUGGCUUGAUAUGGCCCAUAUAGUAUCCUGCUUGAAUAAACUUGAUUCAGGAUCUCAUGAUAAGAUUUGUUUGAUGUCACGGGACGAACAGAGCGUUCUAGUGGUGAGUUACGCAGAAUUGCGACAAUGCUUGGAGAUGUCGUAUGCAGAGGUGUUUCAUUCCGCGAAGCUAGAUGCUGUGUAGGUGACAAAAGCCUCGAGUCGACCUGACAGCACAUACUCCGAACCAUCAUUGUGAUAUCAACACUUAGCGGUACUACCAUUCUAACUUUAUUUAGGCUCAAAAAUGAUCAGAGUCAAUGGGAUGGAUCAGAAACUUGCAAAUAGGUGUAAAGUUUGGCGAUACGUAACGUAAGUUAACCGCGUUUUAAGAUAGAGAAUAUAAGGUUGAAAGUGGAGGAGCUGUACACAGAGGGAACAUCAAUGGUGUUUUGAUACUUUAAUUUGAAGUGUAACAUACGCAUGUAAUGAAAUCAUGUGAUAUUGUAAAAUGGAAAUGGUACAUAUUUGAAUUUGCGAUGAAAUCCACUACGAUACUACCUAUACAUGUACACAACUUAAUAAUGCGCUGAAAUCUUAAAAAAGAAACACCUUACACGGAUACUCAACGUAGUACCUAUGUGUAUAGGAUAGAGAUCUUAGGUUUUAGGAUACAGCUGGUAAGCAUUAAUUUUGAAAUAAAUGUUUAUUUUUGAAAGCAAUCUUAAAAAAA